GGAUUUGACUAGUUUUUAUCUUUGCUUAGUAUUCUAAUUCUAGUGUACGGUGUAUGUUGGCCAUAGAGUGACACAAGAUAUAACCUCUGCAGAUACUCCCAACACUGCAUACCCAGCAUGCAACACAGACUACUGUGUGUACCUAAAUGAGACAUUGUAGGCAUCCUACCUUUACUGCUUCCGCUCAUUCCCUCUCCUCACCACCAUGCAUCAAUCAGACUGACUGUAGCCUCCUUCUCAAAAUCUUACUCCACUAAAUACCCACUAAAACUAUCAGUCAUUCAGCUGUCACUGGCUUCAGCUAUUUGAAUGAAAGUUACAGGGCAACCUCUGAACAGCCACCCAUCGUAGGCACUAUAUGCCCUGAUUUUGCUGCCCACCCCCUCCCAUGAGUUCCUAUCAUACAAAUAAUACAUCAGUCAGACAAUAAGCCAAUAAACAUUUAUUAAGCACUUACUAUGAGCCAGACAAUGUGCUAAGCACUGGGAUUUUUGUGGUGUAUGGUCCUCUCAAUUCAGCUUGUCUUCCCAAAUCCACAGACUCACAAAAACAUUCUUUUUUUCUAGGCUACUAGCUUCCCAUAGAUCUUAACUCCUGCUGCUCCCAGACACAUGAAGAAAAGCACAAAAAGGACAGUUUAUCCCUUAAGCCACCAGAAAACCUGCCUCCUGCUCAGAGUUUGAUGGAGAAUCGUUCGGAUGACAGCGGGAACAGUUGUAAUCACUGGCGGAAUCCUAGCAACUGUGAUCUUACUCUGCAUCAUUGCUGUCCUGUGCUACUGUCGGCUCCAGUAUUACUGCUGUAAGAAAGAUGACUCUGAUGAUGAAGAAGAGGAAGAAGGACACGAUCUCUCUGCUCCAUCAAGAUUUUCCACCUGCAAUUCCUGCAACAGCCAAGUCCUGGAUGGACAAGGUGACCUGGCACUCCCCAGUGAGCCCCCUGACCAGCAUCGAGGUGCUCAGAGCCACUGCCCCAGUUGUGCCCCUUACAGCUCCCCCUUUUACAUACGGACAGCUGACAUGGUCCCCAAUGGUGGGGAGAGGCUCACAUACACUCCCACCUGCUACAAGGAGUUGGGGCCCCCACCCCUCAAAAUGUCAUCGCUCCAGAGUUUCCCGGUGACCCGGGCAGGCCUUGGACGUGAGGCCUUUACUAAUCCAAGGGCUAUUAGUACAGAAGUAUAACCCUACCCACCCACCUUCCCCUACUGCCCCAUUUGGAGCAGAGCAGGGCAGUGAAAAGCCCCUGCCCCAUGGAUGGUCUGUUUUCAUAGGUUUUCUUGCUACAAAAUCUAAGGUUCUCUGGGAUGUGCUAAUGGGUGAUCAGGUAACACAUGUGAUAACGACACUCGGUCAUCUGACUACUGAGAGGAUGUUGCAGCAGGAAGGGAGAGGGGGGAAGGUAGACCCCUUCAUCUGAUGGGGAACAUUUGCAGCUCACUACAACUUUAACUACACUCGUAUCAACCAGUGGGGUUUCUUCCCCAGGGCUUUGUGCAAAACAAAUACCCCCAUGGCUACCCCCCACCUCUCACUAAGACUGCAGAAUCCAGAGUAAGGGCAUUCCCGGGUAAGUUGUGGCAAGACCCUGGAGCCCUCAACCAAGUCCUUGUUAGAAGAACUGAGCAAACUCAGAAAAUGGGGGCUAAGGAAUUCUGAGACCUUGGAUCUGGCAGGGGACGAGGAGGGGAAGAUACACUUUCUGGCAGAAACAAAGAUAAACAUUAUGUAUAGUUUGAUCAUUUUGUAAUCCUGGUAUUGUAAUAGUUGCGAUGACUGAGUUCUUCUAGCACUUAGAGUUGACUAAGAAGCCCUGUGACUAAUUCCUUUAUAUCAACCACAUGAUGUCACACACAAAUAAACUAUUCCUACACUUCCCCAGGGGCAACAGGGCAACUGAUGCCAUUGACCUCAUUGUGGGAGAGAUACUUUCAGAGAGGAUUGGAUCGUGCUGAUUUUUAAUAAUAAAAAUAAAACAAACCCUGCCUUGAUUUGGAGAUUUAGUGAUGGCAGGGUUUUAUUAAAAGGCUGAAAUAUGUCCUAGAACAUACAGGAUUUUUUUUUCUUUUUGGUCGCUGCACACAGAAGCCUUAGAGACUUGCUAUCCCUUGUGGUGAAUUAACAUACCUUUCUACCUUUUUUUAUAUGUCUCUGUUGUCUCAGUGCCUACCUGCCACCUUCCUGGGUCUGUUUCUACCUGUCGGGAUGUGUGUCUGUCUGCCUUUUUCUGUAAAUGCUCAUAUCAGUCUCCCUGUCAGUUUUCUCUCUCUUUGCUCUCUGCCUGUGUAUAUGUAUGUGUGUGUGUGUGUGUAGCUAUUGCCUCCUUCCAUCUCUCUCCUCCUUUCUUUCCAUUUCUUCCAUUUAGUUCCGUUCAGAAUUUAACUGGCUUUAAAAAACGAAACUUUGGCUGAUUUUCCACUUCAAUUGUCCAUUGAAAAGGAUGGACACAUAAGGAUGGCCCCCCUAUAUGCACACCAGUCACCAAAAGGUAAAAAAUUAUCUGACAUAUCUCCUUCAAGAUGUCAUCAUGUGCACAGAGAUAAUCUCACAGUCUUAAACAUACAAUUUCCAGUUAGCCUUUGAGUUGAGUGAUGGAGGCAGAUCAAUCCCCACUGUGAUAGCACAACUGAGGAAUAAGCCAUGUGUCCUGCAAUCCUGGCAGCUGUCACCACUCACCAAGCUUUUACCCACAUUUGCCAAGAAGGAAAGAGCCGUUGACAGGCCCCUGAGACAAACACCACACAUUGCAAAACCCUCCAAUGACAUCGAUUCACUGAGCAGUUGGACUUCACUGCUUAACCAGCAGUCACAAUCCUCCUCUCUUUGCAACGUGACCCUUUGUUCUUGUCCCACUGAGGCCCGAAGGCCAGGUCCCCAGAUUGGCUCAACACUUGUCAGUGGGCUUGUGUUUUUUGGAGCAGAUGCCCUUGAGAAAUUUUGUAGACACCUUAGGAAUAAGGAGUGACAAAGGUCCCUACUGUGUAGUUUAUCAGCUCAGCUCAAUUUGUACUUUUAUUGAACGCCCACAUUUUAUGCUCCCAGCCCCACAUCUGUGGGUGUAAGUAAAUAAAUCCCAAUUCACCCAAUCCAUGUAUUAUCAAAAGUGGAAAGCAGUGCCCAGUGCUGUCAACUGAGUAAUAAGAAACAUGACAGAGACUACCUGACAUCCUUCUGCCAUGGGACACAAAUACUGAAGAGGAGGGCUUAGGAAGGAGAGCAUCCCCUCUCUGAGGGAGACAUCUUUAUUUUGUCAUUGUAAAGGGAUAAGCUUUUCUUCUCUGAAAUUCUUCCUUGGCACGUGAUAAGUAUUUUCAGAUUAAUUGACAUUUCUUAUUAAUUGUGCUGAUUGGCACAAUCAACUGACCCCUGUAUUGUUUGGGGACAGAAAAUGAUAAAUCUGGCAAGAUCCUUAAUUCCUAAGUGAAAUAGAAAUGGUCUGACUUUCCUGCUAAUUAUAGAUAAUUGUGUUCUUCACUUUAAUUCUGAAGCAUCUUUCUCUGGGAGUCUCCACAUCUAGUCUGUCCCUGGUGUGAACCCAGCGAAGGUAGGUAGCUUUAAGAGACACCAUCCAGCUCAUCACUCCUUUAGGGUUCUUUGAUAUCAGUCAGUGGGCUGAUCAGUACCCGGAUGAACAGCAUCCAACAAGUACCAGGGACUUGUUUAUCCUAUAGUUCUGUCCUCCUAACUGCCAGUCAAGGAGUUCCUCUUGGUUUCUUUCUUGCCUUUGAGGGAAAAAAUCCCAGAUGAUGCACCUAUAACAUGACAUUAUAUAAACCUAUGGAACUAUACCUUGCCCCUUCCCACCUCCAAAACUGGGACCUUCUCUUGGUCAUAAACCAGUAAGUGCUAAUUUGUUCCUUUUUUUAGCCUCCAGCAGCCCAUAAUCUAAGUUUGGGAAAUGGAGAAAGUUCUUAGGUUUCUUGGGUCUCUCCCAUAUAUGUCCCGGCCCACCCUCACCUCUGGGAAUUCCUGCCCUGCCCUCAUCUCUCAGAGCAUCUCCCCACUGCCCACACUCAACUUGCUAAAAAGCUGGGAUCAUCUUGGCGAGGUGGGGAUGAACUGCAGCAAUGGAUAAGGAUUCCACUCAAGCUCUCUGCAGAUUUGGCUUUUGUGGGUGGUUGUUUUUUUUCAUACUUUUUAAGCCACAUCCUAAAUGACUAGAAGAUACCUGGGAGCCAUGGCAGGACUUCAGUCCUGCCCCACUCACUACCCCUGCCCCAGAUGUUUCAUCUCCUUGUUCUGCAUCUUUGGCAACUUGGAUGUGACUCCAGGUUGGACGUCAGAAAUAAACUGAGAAUUUGAACUACACAA